AUGUCGAACCCCGAAACCAGAGACAGGGACUCGCUCAUCGCUCUGGUCAUGAAACGCAUUCCUUUGCCAAGCAGGAAAUAUGCACGGUUCACCCUACAGCUGGGAGAGCUGGUGGUUUGGAAUAAUAUUUGUUCUGAACUCUGUGCCUUUGGGAGUUUGCCAACAACCCGCCGCCGGAUCCGGGGCCCAGCAGACACCACCAUGAUACCAGCGUUUCACAAGGCAAGAACCAGUGAAGACCUAUUCCAGGACUCUGAGGGGCGGGAGGGAUCUGAGCCAAUUGAGGAACACCAGUUUUCAGACCUAGAGGAAUCUGACGAUGAUGAUGACAAUGAAGACGACGAAGACGAGGAGGAAGAGGAGAGCCAAGAUGAGCCACCUUUAAAGAGGGAGGCAUCUCCACUGAGAUGUGUGUCACCAAGACUCGAGCUGUCGCCCAGCAGGCAUCUUUCCCCCAGAAGGGAGCUGUCCCCAAGAACAUACCUUCCACCAGAAGGAGAAGUCUCCCCUGUGAGGCACUCGUCGCCGAGCAGAGAGAUGUCAUCAGUCAGAUAUUUAUCGCUGAAGAAAGUCUUGUCUCCAGGCUGUUCAGAGUCGUCUAGGUUCUUUGGCAAAAACGUACAGCUCUACGAGUCCAAGCUGGCACCUCAUGAAAUUCAUGUCCAUGGUCCCAGCCGAGGGGAGGAGAAUGUCUUCAGCCAUCUCCCGUUGCAUUCGCAGCAGCUCGCGAGGACCCCGUACCCUAUGAUUCCCAUUGGGGGCAUCCAGAUGGUCCAGGCGAGGCCGAGCACCCAUCCCAGCUUGGUGCCCAGUUCGGUCGUGUCCCUGCAAGCGGGAUACUUUGCCUCGGGUGGCAGCAGCUUCGCGGAGUUCAGCCGGGCUCCCAAGAGGGACGAGGAGCCGCAGGUCCCGCGGGAGCCGUCGUCAGCAUCCGUCUCCCCGGUGGCGAAGGUUUCUAAAUACACGCUGUCCCCCGAGCUUACGAGCAGUGGUUACUUAGAAGAGAAAAUGAGGACUAGUGAGCUUCAGCAAAAGACAGACCAGGAGGAAUACAGG